GUGGCCCCGGCCUGGCGCGUCCAUCCCGGGGGGCGGCUCGGACGCCUGUUUGCAAACAGCCGCGGCUUCUCCGCGCCCCGGACAGUCCCGCGGGGUCCCGGGGCAGGGCCGGCUGGGCAGCGCCGGGCGCCGGGUGCGGGCCCGGAGAGCGGCCGGCGGCUCUCGGCGGCCGGGAACCACCUUGGGCGUCUUAUUUUAGGUGAAAUUUCAUCGCCUGCUGCUAUAGCUCAUCCCUGCCGCCUCCUGUUACCUUUUUGCCUCCGAGUGUGGUCGGCUCUGCAGAAAGCCCCGUCCCGGCUUUGCAAUGUUAAGUUUCCGAGCUGCUCGGAUCAGCAGAGCAUACUGAGUCAGCGGGACUGGCUGGCGGUGCAGUAAGCAUCAUGAGUGAGCAUAUGGGUGUCUGUUCCUUAUCACACGAGUAAGGGGAAAAGGUUUAAGCAAAUCUCUCUAGUGGUGUUUCCUUACCGAUGGAGAAUUAUUUUCAGGCAGAAGCCUUCAACCUGGACAAGGUGUUAGACGAAUUUGAACAAAACGAAGAUGAAACAGUUUCUCCUAUCUUAUUGGAUACAAAGUGGAAUAAGAUUCUAGAGUCACCAUCUCACCGACUCUCAUUUAACAACUCCUCGUUGGCCAGUGUGAAUGAACCUGCAAUUCCUAAUGAGUCACAACCUCAACUAAAAGUCUUCUCCCUAGCUCAGUCAGCUCCUCCAGACACAAAGGGAGAGGGUCAUUCUGCUAAUGGACAGGACUGUAGUCUGAAUACAGAGGUUACCACGAUGUGGAUUGAUGAAAGUGCCGUUCCAGAAGAUCAGUUAAUCAAGAGGAACUGUAAUCGAGAUGAUCAAUGCAGUAUUGCUGAAGCAGGAGAGAAAAAAUGUGGAAACCUAGCUUGUUUGCCAGAUGAUAAGAAUGUUCUUGUUGUAGCCGUUAUGCAUAACUGUGAUAAAAGGACACUACAGAGCGAUCUGCAGGGGUGUAAUAACUAUAAUGGUCAAUCCCUUAUGGAUGCUUUUAGCUGCUCACUGGACAAUGAAAAUAGACAAACUGAUCAAUUUAAUUUUAGUAUAAAUGGGUCCACUGAGAAAGACAUGAAUUCAGAAAAACAAGUGGACCCUUUAAAUAGACCAAAUACAGAGGGAGAUUCUGUGAAACAUCUCUGUUCUGCUGCAUCUGAUAUUCUAGCCAGUGGUGGUUCCCUUGUGCAGUCAAAGGAUGAUGAAAAUACAGAUAAAGACUCCUCCACGUCUGCAGUUACGAGUUUGACAGUGGGUUCAGUGCUCUCGUCCCAGGGAGCAGAUGAAGGUCCUGCUGUUACAGAGCAAGAGGACUGCAUACCAGAGGAGGUUCCCACUGGCAACACCAACUCUGCUAGGAUAGAUCUAAAAAGCCCAAACUCCUUUUGCCAUUUGAAUGAGGAGAUUUUGAUGAAGAAAGAGCCAGCAGAGGAGAGGAAACCUGAAGAGACCGUUCAGUCUGAUCCACCCUUGCUUCUCAGAUCAGACAUGCCGAGUGGGUCUGGACGGGGAGACGAGUGUGAGCAGCUUCCAGAUAGCCUUGUGCCCGGAGAACUUAGAACUAACGAACAUGAAAGUUCUGAACGUGAAGAAAAUCUUGGCAUCACAAAACUUCCUAAUGUGACAAAACAUUUCUCUGAAUGUCAGGAGAUGACAAAUUGGAAAUUGACUCAACUAAAGGAGGUGAAUGACAGCCAAGUAAAUAAAGAAAAUGAGAAGUUUCCAAACUUGAAUCAGCUUGAGGUCGGUUGUAAUGAUAACGGAGGGUGUGAUAGGACGGCAGAAGCAGGUCUAGAUUUAAAAGGAACUUGCACGGAUGAAAGUGAAGGCUGUGAUUUCUCCACUGUUACGGAUACACCAGCAGCUGAUUCCUUAUCUAAUUGUGAUUCCUAUGGAAUGCAGAGCCCAGUUGUUUGUUUUGUUCCAAAGACUUUACCCUCCAAAGAAGAUUCAGUAACGGAAGAAAAAGAAAUAGAAGAGAGCAAGUCAGAAUGCUACUCAAAUAUUUAUGAACAGAGAGGAAAUGAAGCCACAGAAGGGAGUGGAUUACUUUUAAACAGUACUGGUGAUUUACUGAAAAAAAAUUAUUUACACAAUUUCUGUAGUCAGGUUCCAUCAGUGCUUGGGCAAUCUUCACCCAAGAUAGUUGCAAACUUGCAGUCUAUCAGUGUUCCUUUUGGUGGAGCAAGACCCAAGCAACCUUCUAAUCUUAAACUUCAAAUUCCAAAGCCAUUGUCAGACCAUUUACAAAAUGAUCUUCCUGCAAACAGCGGAAAUAACAUUAAAAACAAGAAUGAUGUUCUUGGAAAAGCAAAAUUAGGGGAAAACUCAGCAACCAAUGUAUGCAAUGCCUCUUUGGGAAAUGUCUCUAUUACUGAUACAAAUGGGGAACAUUUAGAAAGUUACGAGGCUGGGAUAUCCAGUAGACAGUGCCUUGCAUUAGCUCCAGAUAGCCCAGAUAACGAUCUUAGAGCUGGUCAGUUUGGAAUUUCUGCCAGAAAGCCAUUCACCACUCUGGGUGAGGUCGCUCCUGUGUGGGUGCCGGAUUCUCAGGCUCCAAAUUGCAUGAAAUGUGAAGCCAGGUUUACAUUCACGAAAAGGAGGCAUCAUUGCAGAGCAUGUGGGAAGGUUUUUUGUGCAUCCUGCUGUAGCCUGAAAUGUAAACUAUUAUACAUGGACAGAAAGGAAGCUAGAGUAUGUGUCAUCUGCCAUUCAGUGCUGAUGAAUGCUCAAGCCUGGGAGAACAUGAUGAGUGCCUCAAGCCAGAGCCCUAACCCUAACAAUCCUGCUGAAUACUGUUCUACUAUCCCUCCCUUGCAGCAAGCUCAGGCCUCAGGAGCCCUGAGCUCUCCACCUCCCACUGUGAUGGUACCUGUGGGAGUUUUAAAGCACCCUGGAGCAGAAGUGGCUCAGCCCAGAGAGCAAAGGCGAGUUUGGUUUGCUGAUGGGAUCUUGCCUAAUGGAGAAGUUGCUGAUGCAGCCAAAUUAACAACAAAUGGAACUUCCUCUGCAGGCACCUUGGCUGUGUCACAUGACCCAGUCAAGCCAGUAACUACCAGCCCUCUACCUGCAGAGACGGAUAUCUCUUUAUUCUCUGGAAGUGUAACCCAAGUUGGAAGUCCUGUUGGAAGUGCAAUGAACCUUAUUCCAGAAGAUGGCCUUCCUCCCAUUCUCAUCUCCACUGGUGUAAAAGGAGACUAUGCUGUGGAAGAGAAACCGUCACAGAUCUCAGUGAUGCAGCAACUGGAGGAUGGUGGCCCUGACCCACUCGUAUUUGUUUUAAAUGCAAAUUUGUUAUCAAUGGUUAAAAUUGUAAACUAUGUGAAUAGGAAAUGCUGGUGUUUCACAACCAAGGGAAUGCACGCCGUGGGUCAGUCUGAGAUAGUCAUUCUUCUACAGUGUCUACCAGAUGAAAAGUGUUUGCCGAAAGAUAUCUUUAAUCAUUUUGUGCAGCUUUAUCGGGAUGCUCUGGCAGGAAAUGUUGUGGGCAACUUGGGACAUUCCUUCUUCAGUCAAAGUUUCCUCGGCAGUAAAGAGCAUGGUGGGUUCUUGUAUGUGACCUCUACCUACCAGUCCCUGCAAGACCUGGUACUCCCGACCCCACCUUACUUGUUUGGGAUUCUCAUCCAGAAGUGGGAAACUCCCUGGGCUAAAGUAUUUCCCAUCCGACUGAUGUUGCGACUUGGAGCUGAGUAUCGAUUGUACCCGUGCCCGCUGUUCAGUGUCAGGUUCCGGAAGCCUCUGUUUGGAGAGACGGGACACACCAUUAUGAAUCUUCUUGCCGACUUCAGAAAUUACCAAUAUACGUUGCCAGUAGUUCAGGGAUUGGUGGUUGAUAUGGAAGUUAGGAAAACCAGCAUCAAAAUUCCCAGCAAUAGAUAUAAUGAGAUGAUGAAAGCCAUGAACAAGUCCAACGAGCAUGUCCUGGCUGGGGGCGCGUGCUUCAACGAGAAGGCCGACUCCCACCUCGUGUGCGUUCAGAAUGAUGAUGGCAACUACCAGACUCAGGCCAUCAGUAUUCACAACCAGCCCCGGAAGGUGACUGGUGCCAGUUUCUUCGUGUUCAGUGGCGCUCUGAAAUCCUCCUCAGGCUAUCUUGCCAAAUCCAGUAUUGUGGAAGAUGGCGUCAUGGUCCAGAUCACUGCCGAGAACAUGGAGGCACUGCGACAGGCGCUGCGGGACAUGAAGGACUUCAGCGUCACCUGCGGGAAGGCGGACGCCGAGGAGCCCCAGGAGCACCUCCACAUCCAGUGGGUGGAUGACGACAAGAAUGUCAACAAGGGUGUCAUCAGUCCAAUCGAUGGGAAGUCCAUGGAGUCUAUAACGAGUGUGAAGAUAUUCCACGGGUCAGAGUACAAAGCCAAUGGCAAAGUGAUCCGAUGGACAGAGGUCUUUUUCCUAGAAAACGAUGACCAGCACAGCUGCCUGAGUGACCCCGCGGACCACAGCCGACUCACCGAGCACGUGGCCAAGGCUUUCUGCCUGGCUCUCUGCCCGCACCUGAAGCUUCUGAAAGAAGACGGGAUGACCAAGCUGGGCCUGCGCGUGACCCUGGAUUCCGACCAGGUUGGCUAUCAGGCGGGGAGCAACGGGCAGCCCCUUCCCUCGCAGUACAUGAACGACCUGGACAGCGCUCUGGUGCCGGUGAUCCACGGAGGGGCCUGCCAGCUGAGUGAGGGCCCCGUGGUCAUGGAACUCAUCUUUUAUAUCCUGGAGAACAUCGCCUAGACAGGAGGACGCCAUCGGUUUCUGUUCAGACCUCUUGCAGCAGCAGUCACACUCAAACCAUUUGCACUUUAGAACUGGAAGAUCAUUAAGCUUUUGUUAACACUAUUAAUGGGGGGAUAGGGGUGGGAGGUGGGGAAUCGGGAUGGGAGAGGGGGGCUGGGGGGACAGAUGUUCCAUAAUUCUAAGUCUUCUAUGCAUUGUCCACCAAAAAGAUCUGGGCAGCUUCUGUUACUGCACAAAGUCACGCUAUCUUCGCAGCUAACCCCCUGUUACUGUUUAGACGAGAAUUCUGCUCCUCCUCCUUUUCCAGACCCACCUGCAGAGAUGUUCAAAUGGGUACAUCCACGGGUACGCCCACAGCCACGGGAGGGGCGGGAGGCAGAGGGGAAAUAAAAACCGAAGCAUCAGUCUUGCA